AUGAGUUACGGUGGAUACGGCGCACCCAACUAUCCAAGUGCACCCGGCUACGGUUCCGCACACAGGGGCAGUUACGGCGCAGCACCUGCAGUUGCAGGCAGAGGUAGCUAUGCGAGUGGGGCAGGAGCACCAGGAGCAGCACCUGUGUACUCACGUCACAGUCCUGCACCUGGCUACACAGGUGGUUCAAUGACAGGAGCAGCAGCGGCGGCGCCUUCAUACUCUCGGCACAGCCCAGCUAGCGCAUACGGUGCACCUGCACCCAACGCAUACGCUAGUGCAGGCUUCACGAGACCACGUCCACCGACGACGUACAUUGAUCCAAAUGUACGCAGCUGGUUCGAGACGGUCGACAGAGACAGGACCGGUCAGAUAAACGCUACAGAGUUACAGAUGGCGCUUGUAAAUGGCGAUUACAGCAACUUUGAUCUGGAUACAACGCAGAUGCUGAUUGGUAUCUUUGACGUUGACAAGACAGGUACCAUCUCGAUCGACGAGUUUGCCGGCGUUUUUAAGUACAUCAACGACUGGCGCAACGUCUUUCAACAUUUCGAUGUGGACAGAUCGGGAACGAUUGAGGGACAUGAAUUGGCUGCUGCUCUCUCUCAGUUCGGUUAUAGACUCACGCCAUUCACCCUGCGCGUGUUGGAGGAUAAAUACGGCGAGUUAUGCAUGUCCCGUCCAAGGCUCUGGCUGACGUUUAAUGCUUUCCCUUCGCAUAUCUUCUUCUUCCUCUGCCUCUCAUUUGCAUUCCUCUCAAAUAUCUUUGUCUUCUCACUUUCCAACUUUUUCACAUCGCUCAUCAACAUACUCCUCGUUGGUCUGUUUUCAUACAUUUUGUGGGACUUUGCACAUACAGGCAAUCCUAACUACAACAGACGCGUGCCAUACGGAGCUGGGAUGCAGGGUAUCUCAUUCGACAGAUUCGUCAGAUGCUGCGUCGCUGUAAAGACGCUCUCGGAAAACUUCUAUAGACUAGACGUCAACAGGAGCGGCUAUGUCAAUAUGGACUAUGAAAUGUUCCUCCAGUCUGCGUUGGCUGCUCCAUAA